CGAGGGUGGGAAAUUCAAGUUCAAAAUCAAGUAGCUUCGAUCUAGGAUCCAUAUGAGCAACAGAAACCGAUUGUAAACAUCUGAACGAGGCCUAGCGAGGGAGGGAACCUGUCCAGAUAGGAAUUUAUCGUUUGAUAAAACCCCUUCCCUCACCGGGCAUCAAUGCGGGCUCCUUUGCCGACAGCAUGUCCAACCUGAGUGACGUAUCGUCCACCACAGCCAUCCUAAAUAAUACCGCAGGCUCAUCCGUUAACCCAUCCAACCCGGCCAACAGUGUCAGCGGUUCCCAGUCGGGCUCCAGCCGACCACGGAUGGACAUUGCAUGCGUCAUCGACACAACCCACACCCAACGGAAGGCUGCGUUUGAGGAGGUUAAGCUGGCUUGUGUGCAAGUGUGUGCCAACUUGCAGCCGUUGGAGUUUGAAAAGCUGGACUUCGGUGAGCUCAACACGGUAGACAGUUUGUACAGCGCGGAUGUGGUCGUAGUAGAUCUAAGUGUGUGGGCUCAGCAGAGCACACUGAGCUAUCAUUUGGGCGUUCGGGAGAGUUUCGAGAUGAAGGAGAACAUUGUGAUCUACAACGAUGCGGAUAGCGAGGCCACUUUGAGGAUGAAAAUCUCCUGUGGGAACUACACAUUUGUGCCUUACAGGGCGGUGGAUGGGGCGGGCUGCGUGGUGACUAAUCCCAGCAAAGUGGGAUAUCUAGAAGAGGUUGAUUCAAAAAUUAGCCUGGUUAGCAAGUUGCGGAAAAUCUUCCAGGAUGUGGAGAUUCAAUCGAAAGCGCACUUGAGGGAGAAAUUUCUGGCGGAUUUGAGAAGUUUGAGGGACCAAUACGCUGGCAAUGUGGAGGAACUGCAGAAAAUGUUAAGGAAUAUGAGGAAAAGGCUAGAUGAUCCUCACGUGCUGUCGAAAGAGAUCGUUCAAACGUAUAUGCUGUCGUUGAGGGAUGUUCAAGAUUACGAUGCCAUGGUUCAGUUGGUGGAUGAUCUUCAGACAGUCCCCAAUAAGCAACACUACAUAAAUACGGGAAACAUGAACUACCUGUAUGCCUUUGCGCUAAACAGGAGAAAUAAGGAAGGCGAUCGAGACAAGGCAUUGAAAAGUUGUACAAAAGCCCUUGAGAAGAAGGAGAAUCAUUUUCCCGAUAUGUUGUGCCUUUGUGGAAGAAUCUACAAAGAUAUGUUCGUAGAAUCUAACCGCACUGAUAUGGGGUCGUUGAAAAACGCUAUCACGUGGUAUCGUAAAAGUUUCCAGAUUCAACCCAACGAAUUUGCUGGAAUUAAUUUGGCUACUCUAUUGGUGAUUGAGGGCAAAGACUUCUCGGACUCAGAGCUACAGCACAUCGGGUUGACUCUGAACAAUCUGAUCGGUAAGAAGGGAUCACUUGCGUCCAUUAAAGACUAUUGGAACGUGGCAACGUUCUUUGAAAUCUCAGUAUUGGCGGAAAACUACGCCAAAGCUAUUCAAGCAGCAGAAUGCAUGUUCCGCCUCAAACCUCCAAAGUGGUACCUCAAAUCAACAAUCGGAAACAUUACGUUGAUCGAUUGCUCUCGACGGAAGUCGGAAGAAUCGCUUGCCUCAAUCGAACAACAAAUCUUCCAGUUUUGGAUGGAAUUUUUCAUCGAAGCCACCAACGCCGAACCAUCCUCCACCGUCCGUUUCCCUAUUCUUAUACAGGAAACUCAAAAAGUCCUGUUCCCAUCGUACGUCUCGAUCCAUAUGGAUGCCGAGCAAAAAUCAAUCGACAUUGUCAACAUAUGCCAGCAGCACGAAAAGGACAAGUGUCGUAAGGUUCACAAUUUUAACUUCCUUGCCAGUCAGAUCAAAUCGGUCAGUUUGUACAAACGGGACGAGCGAUGUGCCUUUCUGUAUGUGCAGCAGAACUCCGACGAUUUCCAGAUGUAUUUCCCGUCGGUGCAGUGUCGACAGCAGUUCUACGACCUUAUUCUGCAAAUGACUGCAGAUCAGAACUCCGGGUUCAUAGAUCUGUCGACGGAGACGAUGAGCGAUGAGAUCAAGUACGAAUACGAGAUGGACGAUCAGGCAAGGAGGAUCAUGCUUGGUCGAGGUACGUACGGAGCGGUUUACGCCGCGAGGGAUCUCGACACGCAGGUGAAGAUCGCCGUUAAGGAAGUUCCGGAGAAGUACAGCCAUGAGGUGCAACCUUUACACGAAGAGAUAAAGCUGCAUUCACAGCUGCGCCAUAGAAACAUUGUGCAGUAUUGGGGAUCGAAAUCGGAGGACAACUACUUCAAGAUAUUCAUGGAGCAAGUACCUGGGGGAUCGCUCUCAGCAUUGCUACGAUCAAAGUGGGGACCGUUGAAAGACAACGAAGCUACCAUUGCGUUCUACUCGAAGCAGAUAUUGGAGGGACUGAAGUACCUGCACGAACAGAAGAUUGUUCACAGAGAUAUUAAGGGAGAUAACGUGCUGGUCAACACGUACAGUGGGGUUGUCAAAAUCUCCGAUUUCGGCACAUCGAAGAGAUUGGCCGGAAUCAAUCCAGUGACGGAAACCUUCACCGGGACAUUGCAAUACAUGGCGCCGGAGGUGAUUGACCAAGGUGUCCGUGGUUACGGCCCAGCUGCAGACAUAUGGUCUUUCGGGUGUACGGUUGUUGAAAUGGCUACCGGUAAGCCGCCGUUUGUAGAGCUCGGGUCACCGCAGGCAGCUAUGUUCAAGGUGGGCUUCUACAAAAAGCACCCGGAAAUCCCAGAUGAACUCUCUCCUGUGGCAAAGAUCUUUAUCAAACGGUGCUUCGAGGUGGACGUCGACAAGCGGGCGACGGCUGCCGAGUUGUUGGAAGAUCCAUUCCUGUCAGACAAGCACAAGAAGAUGCGUGCAUCGAUCAGCAUUCCUCCAACUACGAUGAGUGCGGCAGAGUUCUCCCGAAGUGUCAGCAUGCCGGCCGAUCGUCAUGUCAGCAAAACUCUAACCUCCCAACAGAGUUCGGCCAGCUGCAAUACGCCAAGUAUCAACUCUGAGGCUGACUGCCUACCACCGACAUUCGCAGCGACCAGAUCGGCAUCGAUCCGGAAGAACAAACAUCUUGCCCAUCUUGCGCCGAUCCAAAUGCCAAACCACGUCAGUAGCAUUGGGAAUCUUGCCGAAACUCCAUCACUGGAAAUCGAAUCGAUUGAACCACCGCCGGCCGGGUUCCAACUGAAUCGGAGAAGUUCUUCCGGAGGAUUGCUUUCGCCAGAGGUGGAACUCCCGACAACGUCCAGCAAAUCUCCACUGUUGGCCGGAGAGGCUAACGAAAGCGACGGCUUUUACCUGCUCAAAAAGGACUCCCAACGUCGCGCAACGCUGCACAAGGUGCUCGAACACGACGAGCGCAAAAUCUGCCAGGUGUGGAUGGAGAAGAUAGUAUUUGAUCGGAAGGAGGCUGUCGAUAUUACUCAAGCCCACCUGGAAAUACUGAUCAAGGCCCUGCGGACGUACAUCACCGAGCAGAAGAAGGAACACCUGGAGGCCGCCAUCAGUGGACUGAAGAAGAAUCUGGACUUUGACUCGACGGGCAUCGACCAUCUGCACUUGGCGAUGUACCGGUUCCAGGAUGCGGUGAUAACGGUGCUGCGAUCUCACAACAUAAAGCCACAUUGGAUGUUUGCGUUGGAUAAUCUCGUUAAAAGUGCCAUUCAGGCUGCGAUCAUUAUACUGUCGCCUGGUAAGUACCAUUCAUUGGGGCAGGGUUGUUACGACUAUGCUGAUCUAGACCGAUUUUCAAAGUGAGUUUUGAUCUUUUGC